UUCAAGCUUUGAGGUGCGUUUGGACUUUUAAAAACGGGAUAACGAAAGCAGGUUGGUUAGUUGUCCGGUUAUGGGCCCCGCGUUUCCUCAUCGGAGCGCGAACAGCAACGCCAUGUCAGAAGCUUUUAUUCUAGAGCUGACUCAAAACUUCCGAAAAUACCCCUGUUCGUUAUUCUUGUCUUCAAGUUCCAACCACUUCCAAGCAUCCCAAAUUUGCCACGUCAGUGGUCCGACCCCCACCCCCACCCCGCAAACCCCAUCCACUUCACAAUCUUCUUGCUCACAGAAAUCUUUAAUGAUAGAGAUUGAACAAAGAUUAUACUUUUGUUUCAGUUUCAGGUACACAUUAUCUUACCUUCUUUAAUUCUAACUGUUUCUUAUAACGCUUAGUGGGUUCUUAAUUAUUUAUUGCGGUGUGAUAAGAAAACCUUGAUAAAUGCAUAAAGGUGCCAUCUUUUUGUGAGAAUAUGGGAAUUUUGCCUUGUGGGUUUUUAAAUUCCUUCAUUUCAAUGCUGAAAUAGAGAAAUCUUGGAAAGUUUAUCUUUUUCUAGCCUGUGUGUAAUUUUCUGUAUCGAAAUCAGUGUAAUUCCCAUCUCUCUCAUUUGCUCUUCAAGCAAUGUAUUAAUGCAGCCUGUCUUGAUUUACUUAUUUGGCUAAAAUAUGUUACCAAAUGUGUAUUCUUGCUGGACAUUACAUUCAGCGAGUUAGGUCCUUUCAGCCAAAUAACCCUCACCAAACAGUCCCUCUUAUCCCCUCUCUCUUUCUGUCACUCUGUCUUUACAGGAAUGGGGAGGAAAUCAAGCUGGCUUUCUGCUUUGAAGAAAGCUUUGAGUUCAGAAACUAAGAAGAAAGAUAAGGUUGUUCAUAAAUCAAAAUGGUUUGGGAAAGAAAAGAGGGCAGAUUUGGAAAGCCAUGUAACCAUUCCCCCUACCGACCAAGUGAAAUUGAUGGAAGCGAAGAAUGAACAGAACAAACAUGCUUACUCGGUAGCUAUAGCCACCGCCGCAGCUGCCGAAGCAGCCGUUGCAGCCGCUCAGGCGGCUGCAGAGGUUGUUCGACUCACAGCUGCAGCCCGUUACUUGGGUAAAUCAAAAGAAGAGAUAGCUGCUAUCAAAAUACAAACCGCUUUUCGUGGAUACAUGGCUAGGAGAGCAUUGCGAGGUCUGAAAGGUUUAGUGAGGUUGAAAACAAUGCUUCACGGGCAAUGUGUGAAGCGGCAAGUCGCCUCAACCUUAAAGUGUGUGCAAACAAUAGCUCGUGUGCAGUCUGAAGUUCGUUCUCGAAGAUUAAAAAUGUGGGAGGAGGAAGAACAUGCUCUCCAAAGACAGCUCCAGCAAAAGAGGCACGAGAACGAUAUUGAGAAAUUAAGAGUACUUCAAUGCAGUGAAUAUUGGAAUGUCAGUACACAGUCUAAAGAGCAGAUUGAAGCAAAUAUGCAGAAUAAACACGAUGCUACCAAGCGUAGGGAAAGGGCAUUGGCUUAUGCUUAUACUCAUCAGAAACUAAGGAACUCCCCGAGAUCCAUGAACCAAACGAUCAUGGACCCGAAUAAUCCCCAUUGGGGUUGGAGUUUGUUUGAGCGGUGGAUGGCUGCCCGGCCGCAGGAGAGCAAAAGCUCUUCCUGUACUGAGCUAACAGAUGCUUCAACUCCAUUACAUAGACCAAACAAAGAACACCGCUCACGUCAUGGCUUACAAUGGCCUUCUACACCCACCACUAAGUCCAAAAGAAUGAGGCCUCAAAGCCCGAGGACAAGCUAUGCGGAUGACGAUUGGAGAAGCAUGGGGAGUGCUCAAUCAGAACGUUGUCCAAGGUAUAGUAUUGCAGGGUCAUCAUCAAUGAGAGAUGACAUUAGCCUUACCAGUUUGCCCGCAAUUCCCGGUUAUAUGACUCUAACUGAAUCAGCAAAGGCAAGAUCACGUUUUCCUAGUCACUUGUCAUAUUCUGAGAAGGGAACAUUAAUAGGAUCUGUAAGUAAACGUCUGUCUUUCUCCGGAUCCUCUGGUGGACUAAGGAGGCAUUCUGUUCCAUCCAAGGCAGAUAUAAGCUUUGGUAAUUACCUUAAAGUAGUUUCCUAAGGGCCAGUUUGGACGGAGGAGUUUUGGAGGGAAUGUUUGAUGAGUUUACUUGGUUUAGUUUAUAUCUUGAUGUAUGUAUAUAUAAUGUUAAAAGAUGACUCGAAAUGUUAUAUGGCCAUAUUUUAUGUUAUCACUUCUAUUUAUAUAAAACUUCAAAUACCAUCU